UAAAAAAUUAUAGGAAUGGCAAUUUUGGAAUUAUUUUUCUCAUAGCAACAUUGACAUUCUAUUGUCAAAAAGAUAAAUAAUUUUACCUUUUGUAAAUGCUGUAAAAACUAUAAUUUUUACUUUUCAGGUCUUUUCCGUAACAUUAAAAGAUGUUGAAAUUAAGCGGGCAAGUGAUUUGGAGGUUAGGAUCAAGGGCAGCCGUAAGGAAAUAUUCCGGUCCAAGUGCCACAGUAUUCAAAACUGAGAAGUUAGACCUAUCCACAAACACAUCUGAUAAGAGAAUCGAACAACUGACCGGUGAUGACAAGGAUAAUUCAGGCUUGGUAGCAGCAGCAUUUGCUUCCCUGCAAGACAUAGACACACCAAUCGUAAAGAAGCCGAGUCCUAAAUCAGCGAAGACCAGCCGUCUUGCACAUUUGGACGGUCUGAUAUCUCAGGCCACUGAUUUGAGUACACUGCUAGUUGUAGCUGAGAACCCUGUUGUGUCUCGGAGACAUGCUUUGAAGAUGGUGUCAAUCCUCUCAGAAUGGACAAGCAGCAACAAAGUCAAGCUAACAGACUUUGAGAAAGAUCCUCGGUUUCUCAAGCUGUGCAGGAUCCUCGCCAGGUCCACUACAUCACAAACGAUUGGUUCCCUAACCAUGGCUGAAGACUUGAGUACCGUAUUGGGCAUCACAGGAGAUGAUGAGGCUGCCAGAUUAAUAACAAACUUAACAUUGCCACAGAUGAUCAAAGUAAUGAAAGCCCUACAGAACAAAGGUCGGCGCAGCACCCCUCUCCUCCGCGCCCUCUCCCACAACAUCACCAACCAGGCCGAGAUCAUUGACCUCAAGAAGUCAGCUGAUCUCCUCUACGCUAUGGCGGCACUCAACUUCCCCGAUCCAGUACUGUUAGAUAGGAUAUGCAAUGACGUAAUAGAAUGCCUUCCCUCAAACGAAGACAAGUCAGCGGUGGUGAACUCCAUAACGACUUCGCUGGGCCUCCUGAAGUACCGGCACGAGCCCGUGCUAUCGGCCAUCACGGAUUGGUUGCACCAGCACGUGGCGCAGUGCCGCGCCACUGACAUCGCGUCGGCAGUCGUCACGUUAGCUACCGUCGACUAUCUGCCGCCUUCAGAUUCGGCGCAGGGUUUGAUUCAAACCGCCCUAUCCCUGAAAGAAGAAGAGAUGACCAAGUCCUCGUCCUGGUUGGACCUGGUGUUCUCUCUGCUGAUCCUGAACAAAGCCAAGAAGACACAGCUGGAGUCCACUCUGCAGCCCGAGUUCAUUGACAAGCUGUUGUCUGCUGGUGAGAUCCCAAUACCCUCACGACGUAAGCUGAUGAUGAUCGACGCGUUCCUCCACCUGGCCAGCCCAGGGUCCCCUCGACUGCCCGAAGACAUAUCAGUCGGAGUACCAGUGGUAUACACCAAGGAGAAAUCAUUCUACGUGCAGAGCAUCAUGGACACAUUCAAGAGUUUCGUCUCCGCUGAGGCGUUUUUGAAAAAGGACUGUAAUUCUGGCAUGGGAUUCUUGUAUGACGCGGAGUUCGCAGUGGAUGCCAAAUGCCACCCUGUACCAUUAGAUAAAGCUGAAAACAACAAAAGUGUGUUCCGGAUAGCUGUACUAGGUUUGGACUACCACGACAUGGCGAGGAAGUCUGCCGUGCCCCUCGGCAUCAACCAGCUUCAUACUAGGUUACUUGAAUUAAAGGGCUUCAAAGUACUCCAAAUUCCAUACACGGAGUUCAGUCCCAAAGACAAGUUGGUGACCAGAGUGCAAUACAUAGAGAAGAGAUUAAAGGAGAUUGUCAACAAGUCAGGUCAGACGUAGGCAUCCUAACUUAGGCACUAGACAACCUGACCUGGGUGACCUAAGUCACCUGUACCGUUAGUACGAGUUUGCUUUACGUUUAAGGGUUGGUUCAUAUCUGACGUAAAAUACGACGAGCGUAUCAUCGGUCGUACUUUUUUUUUAUGGAAUAAGUGGCAAACGAGCAGACCUGAUGGUAAGCGAUCAGCGCCGCCCAUGGACACCCACAACACUAGAGGAGUCACAUGUGCGUUGCCGGCCUAUUAUAAAGGAGUAUGCUGACAUAUUAUCGGUUGAUUUUAAACGGUUAAUUUUUUUCUAUACAUUUGUCUGUUUUGGCGAUACGCGACCGAUGAUACGCGAUGCAUGUUCCGUCAGUUAUGCCACCAACCCUAAAGUAAGAGCGCGUUCGGCGCUCUGAUUGGCCGGCCCGAAUAAACCAACCAAUCAGAGCGCCGAACGCGCUCUCGUAAAGCAAACUCAUACUAAGGGUACUGGUCUCUAUUGUAAUAUACUGAUAUAUGUAUGUAUGAUUGUUAUACAAACAUCGUAAAGUAUAUGUUAUUGUUUUUGAUACAAAACUGGACUGCUUUCUGUAAGCGGUGUUGUAAUUGUUUUGUUAAAUGUUUCUGUAUGGAGUCGGUUGGUCCGUCUGUUUGUUUUCGGUUUUCUGAAAGGGGCGUAGAUACGGAUUAAGACUAUAGAGAUUUUUAUUUACAGCUCAAUAGAAAAAUUUGAAUAAGCCAUUUUAAAUUAAACUUAAGC